UCUGCACCGACAGGGCAAUAGUAAAAUUGCGACGACAAAUCACUUGACCUUCACUUCCUGUCGAUAGCUGCAUACUAGUAGGCACCAGCGAGAGAGUGACGGUGGGGUGAGCCUUAAUAUAAUGUCUCAAGUCUUCAACAUUCUGUAUGAGUUAAUUCCAGCGAAAAUAGUGCAAGUCAGCACUGUUAUGUGUGAGCACACCUGUUUACUUUUCUGCACAGCCGACAAUGAUGCAUAGAAAGCAUGUGCACCUGAUAGGAUGAGCGCAGACUUCAUGUGAAGAGUGAAGAGAAGGCACUGCCUACUGGGACUUUGGCAAGAUGCAGGUGCCCCACAGUCACAUACCCUAUGGGAAGGAGGGCUCUGGCUUCUACACUGACAACACCAUUGGAUGUUUUAAUGUUAUAGAUGCAGCCACUCCUAUGGUUCUCAAUGCUCUGGGAAAUGUACCUGUGAAAGAUUUAGAAUCUCCAUUCAUUAUUGCCGACUUUGGGACUGCAGAUGGGGGAACAUCUAUGUUUCUUCUCAAGAAGAUGAUCGAGCUCCUGAGAAAAAAACACGGCAAAGACUUACCUGUGCAAGUGGUGUAUGAGGACCAGCCAGUGAAUGACUUCAAGUCACUGUUUUUUAGGGUGCACGGUUUGCUGAGUUAUGGACCACCAUCCUACGUGCAGGAGUUUGACAAUGUGUAUGUGUUGGCCAGUGGUACCAGUUUCUACUCUCAGUGUUUGCCUCCUGGUAGCCUGCACUUUGGAAUGUCCUUCACUGCAAUGCACUGGCUGACCACCAGACCUGGUAAAGUCACUGGAGCAUUACACCACACUGAUAUCACAGACCUUACGGAGAAAGCUCUGUUCCAAGCCCAGGCAGCCAAAGACUGGGAAACCAUCCUUCUGGCUAGAGCUAAGGAGUUGAAAUCAGGUGGUAGGAUGGUUGUUGUGUGUUUCUGUGUGGACAAAGAAGGCCAGUACUUGGGAAACACAAAGUAUAUCAAGGAGCACAUGUUCCAUAACUUUAACAAGUACUGGAAGGAGAUGGUCACCGAGGGAGAGAUCACACAGGAGGAAUUUGACAAUACAAAUUUCAAUAACUACUAUCGAACCAUUGAAGAAUACAGUGCUCCUUUCAAUGAUCAUGAUUCCGCUGUGUCUAAAGCUGGUAUGAAGCUGGUUACCAUAGAGACAAAGGUUGUUCGUUGUCCAUACAAUGAAAGAUGGGUCAGAGAAGGGAAAAAAGAUGACCCAGAGGCAGCAGCCAAACAUGCCAAGUGGUAUAUCCCCACCUUACGCACCUGGAGCAACUCCACCUUUCUCUCAGGUCUGGAUAGCUCUCGCUCAGAGGAGGAAAAGGCCGCCAUUGUGGAUAAGUUCUUUAUGAAGUACGAGAGGGCUGUGGCAUCAGCCCCAGAGGAUCAUGGAAUGGACUAUGUUCACGCUUAUAUAGACAUUGAAAGAAAUUAAGAUUUGCACUAUUUUUGCUCGAUUUUAUCAGGAAGGCUUUUAAAAAUAGUCGAAAUGACAGUGGCUUGUCUCCAAGUCAGCUGUAUCAAAAAGGGUUGUAUGUUAUGCCAAGAAAAAGUUAUUUGGGCCCUCAGUCAUGUCAUGUGGGGACUAUAAUAUUUUUAUGUCUAUCAAUUCCAUGGUCAGGGUAUACUUAGCACAGGUGGAUCCAGGAUUUUGCUAAGUUUGGGGGGUGUGUGUGUGUGUGCAAAUAACAAAGAUUCAAUAAAAAUUGAAGUACCAAGCAAUAUAAGGGCUUGGGUCUUGAUGUAAGUAUCUUAACGUUUUAUAGGCUGACAAUAUGGUUGCAGGUCUGCAGAUGUUGCCUGAUGCCUGUACGUUUGUUAGAUUUAAUAUGUUCCCUAAAAUGAAUCCAAAAUGUUCUCUUUAUUUCCUAAAAGUGUGAUGGAUUUUUAUCACAGAACAUCUUAGUCAACGCACAGGGCUGUCAUCAGAUAGGAUGAACAUUCCUACAAUGCACACAACAUUGCUCCAUGUAUUACAGUAGUGCAAGGAUAAAAAAUAUUUGGGUGUAUAUAUUAUUACUGUUAUAUUACAUUCAUGACAUCAUUCUUUCAUGUAAAUCCCAUCGGGUGUCUGAUACUUGUUAAUACUUAUUAUGAGAAUUUCACAAAGACAUUCUAUGGAAGUUACCUGUAUUUCCUUUUCACCAAGAUUUGUGAAAGGAGCAAUCUGUAGCAAUAUGUUUGUCUUCUUGAGCUCUAUUUACAGGUGCAAUUUCUUUUUUUAUGAUCAUUUUUUUUUAUCUGGGGCAAUCUCACUACCUCAUGUAUCCCAUAUUUUUUUCCAACAUUAUCAGAUGCCUUUUUAAUUAGUGUAAUCUGUUUUUUUAUCUCUCUCUCUCUCUCCUUUUUCUAAUAGUUUUAAAAAAUUGCUUCCUGCAUUUCAUCAAAUUUCACACAAUUUUCCUUUGUACAUUUCUCGUCAACAUCUCAUCCAAGGCAUCUAUCUGCAGAUUCUUCACUUUCUCACUGCUUUUCAGUUCUGAACUGUUCAAGUUUCCCUCACAUUCAAAAAUUUCAGAAUCGACCAUCUACCCUCUACUGCCAAACAACUAAAUCUGUUUUUCAACUAGUGUAAAGGCAAACAGACAUUUUGUGUAUUCUUGAAAGACUUCUUACUUACAGGCUUUAUUUUGUAGGAUUUAAAGACAUGUCACCUUGAAUAAAGGCCUUUUAUCUCAUUUUUUCACAGCAGUGAAUUUUCUCUCUGUCUUUCUUGUUAUUGAUUUCGAAACUUUUUCAUGUUAAGGUGAUGAGACAUGAUGUGAGCAAAGUUAAUAACGUCAAUGAGCCUGAUGAUUCUAGCAAAUAGAGCCAUGUCUCUUCACUGUCUAUGAAAAUGAAAUCCCCAUAUUCCCCAUUGGGGAAAAAAGGUGGAUGGGCAUAGAUAAUUCGAAAAAAGAUGUAAUGGGAGAAACUAAAUAAUUGAAAGAUGCCUAGGAGCUGAGAUAAAGUAUGAAAUAAAGAGAAGUUAAAUAGGGCAACUGAAUGCACAUGUGCUUUUCUUCAAGACUAAUCCCACCCACUGAAGUUCUGAUAUAACCUUUCUUUCCCUGCCCUUUUUGUAUUUUCAGGCGCUGCCUUGAUUCUUUUGGGGACUUAAGAUUUUUUGGCACUGUUUUUUUUCAUGUUGGUUCUUCUAUCAGCAUUCUCAGAGUACUUUUUUGGUGUCUAAUUAUGUAAGGGCAGAGCGAACUUUGCUAAUGUUAUAAAAUUUUGACCUCUGCUGAUAUUCACUCCUAUGUUUUCUAACACUCAAGAGGUCAUUGAGAAUUUUAAAGAAAUCAUCAGUAGCAUUGAUUCCUUGGUCCUGUAAACCGCAUAUUCUAAUAUUCUGCCUCUAGGCAGUGCUGCAUGCUACCAACAAGAGUAAUGAGUGUUUUCUGGGAUAUUAUCCCAAUCUUCCUGGAGGCCUUGCCAGAGGUUGUCCAGAUUAGUAGGUGGGCAGUUUCUUCUCUGCAUUGCACGCUCCCGAAUUCAUCCCAUAGACAAUUCAAAAGAGUUUGUGUCUGGGCUUAAAGGUGGCUGCUCCAUUUUUUUUUAAACAAAACCCCUCACCAGAAGAGAAUUAUGGGCAUGUGCGUUGUCUUGUUGUAGUCUGUAGUUGUCCUGUAAGUAACCUCUUACGAAGGGAAUGAAACUCUGGAGAAUUUCAUGGUAAGUUGCCCCAUUCAGGUUCUGUUCCAGAAGUACCAACCUACUACAUGUAGAACAUGUAAUGUUACCAAAAAGUGCACUGAUCUACCACCACCUUUGAACUGUUAAGAUUUUAUAACAUGGUAGAAAAACGAAAAAAA